AUGGAUCAAAGUGGAUUUAAAGAUCUUGAGAUCUUUAUGCACAGCAGAGAUUUUAACAGCCAUUCAGCAUCUUCUGUGAUACACGAAGAUGUGUUUUUUGAAGUCUUUUCAAUGAAAUACCCAACCAGAAUCCUCAGGGAAGGGGUCGUGUGUGUCCUUGAUUCGAACUUUUUUAUUUACCUUCUUCUCUGUUUCCUGUUUCAUUUUCAGCCGGAUUUCGAUGUUGACCACUUUGUAUCUGACUGCAGGAAACGUGUGCAGUUGGAAGAGCUCAGAGAGGAUCUAGAGCUCUAUUACAAACUCCUUAAAACUGCCAUGGUAGAACUCAUAAAUAAGGAUUAUGCUGACUUUGUUAAUCUCUCAACGAAUCUAGUUGGCAUGGACAAGGCCCUUAAUCAGCUUUCAGUACCUUUGGGACAGUUAAGAGAAGAAGUUAUGAGUCUUAAGUCUUGUGUCAGUGAAGGGAUACGAGCAGUAGAUGAUUGGAUGUCUAAACAAGAAGAUAUUAGAAGAAAAAAGAUGUGUGUCCUGAGACUUAUUCAUGUUAUUCAGUCCGUUGAGAAAAUUGAGAAAAUUCUACAUUCCCAAAGCACUAAAGAAUUCUCCUCAUUGGAAGGAAACAGCCCACUUUUAACCGGACAGGUUUUAGAGAGAAUUGCUACAGAAUUUAACCAGCUACAAUUUCAUGCAGUCCAAAGCAAAGGAAUGCAGCUUUUGGACAAAGUGAGACCACGUAUAGCCGGAAUAACGGCUAUGUUGCAGCAGUCUCUGGAAGGACUGCUCUUGGAAGGCCUGCAGACUUCAAAUGUUGACAUAAUACGUCACUGUCUUCGCACUUAUGCAACUAUUGACAAAACACGAGAUGCAGAGGCAUUAGUUGGUCAAGUGCUUGUAAAACCUUAUGUAGAUGAGGUGAUUGUGGAACAGUACGUUCAGUCUCAUCCUAAUGGCCUUCAGGCUAUGUACAAUAAACUAUUGGAGUUUGUUCCGCAUCAUUGCCGCCUCCUGCGUGAAGUAACAGGAGGAGCUAUUUCAAGUGAAAAAGCAAAUAUUGUUCCCGGAUAUGAUUUCUUAGUCAAUUCAGUGUGGCCAGAAAUAGUACGCGGUUUAGAAGAGAAAUUGCCAUCACUGUUUAACCCUGGAAACCCAGAUGUGUUUCAUGAGAAGUACACUACUAGUAUGGAUUUUGUACGGAAAUUUGAACGGCAGUGUGGCUCACAGGCCAGUGUGAAAAGAUUAAGAUCUCAUCCUUCCUACCACAGUUUUAACAACAAAUGGAAUUUGCCUGUUUAUUUUCAAAUAAGAUUUAGAGAGAUAGCGGGGGCCUUAGAGGCAGCACUUUCAGACACACUAGAGGAAGCACCAGGUGACAGCUCGUAUUGUCUUCUGGCCACUCACAUGGUCUGGAUGAGCCUUCAGAAGUGCUGGUCAGAUCAGAUGUUUUUGCCAUUAUUAGCACACCGUCUGUGGAAACUUAGUCUGCAAAUUUUGGCACGCUACUCUGUGUUCAUUAGUGAGGUUUCUGUAAGGCCCAUUUCCAGUGGGAAUAUGAAGGAAAGCAAAAGAUCUAUGACAGCUAGUAGAAAGGAAUCUUCUGUAAACCUCAGUCCUAAUGAGGACCAUGGGAAUGGGUCCAAUCCAGAAACUCAGCCAUUGCCUUCUGUAUCCAGUACGCAGCUGGUAUAUGUUGCUGCAGAUCUGGACAAACUCCAGGACCAGAUUCCUGACGUCUUAGAAAUGAUUAAACCAAAACUUGAAAUGAUUGGCUUCAAGAAUAUAUCCUGUAUUGCAGGAGCCUUGGAAGACUCAAAGGCUUCUUUAUCAGCCUGUAUGCCUACCUUGAAUAACAGGAUUAUCCAGGAUCUCAGUGAGUCCUCCUUCGCUUACCUGAAAAGUGCCCUGGAAGUUCCAAGACUGUAUAGGAGAACCAAUAAGGAGGUGCCAACCAAAGCUUCGCCAUAUGUUGACAGUGCUCUUAAGCCCUUCUACCGACUGCAGAAUGAAUGCAAAGAUCUAUUGAAGCAGCCUAUGAUUUAUCAGUGGUUGGAAGGUGCUCUCUCUGAAAGCACACAGAAGUAUUGCGAAACUGUAUCUGAUGUGCUAAGUUCUGUUAAGAAAAUGGAAGAAAGUCUGAAAAGGCUGAAGCAGGCCAGAAAAACUGCAACCCCAAGCCCUGUUGGUACAAAUGGGGGCAUGAGUGAUGACGACAAAAUCAGGCUGCAGCUGGCCCUAGAUGUUGAGUACUUUGGAGACCAAAUACAAAGGAUGGGACUGCAAACGAGCAACAUAAAAAGUUUUUCGGCCCUUACAGAGCUUGUUCUAACUGCCAAGGAUCAGACCACAGUGGAACAAUCCUAAAUAUUUUUGAAAGCAUGUGACUGAAGAUAAACAGUGUCCCUAAAAGAAAGAGGGAGUAUUUAACUUGUCUUUAUUUUACCAAAUUAGUAGCAAUGAAGUGCUUCCUAAUGUAUCUCAAUCAACAGAUCAGUGCAUCUUAUGUCAAGAUAGACUUGUUUCACCAAAAGACUGAGAAUUUAUUAGUUUUCCAUUAUAUGGAAAGCAGUCAAAAGUUCUAAGCUUUCUACUAUAGAAUAAAAGUGGAAGAAUGUUUUUUAUUUUUGCUGUAAAUCUUAUGUAAAAGAGAGAACUUAUAUGAUUAAAAUAAUAUCUAAUAAAUCGUCUUCCUAAUUUUGAUGUCCCAUAUGUUUUUGAAUCAAAUAUCUAAAUAGGACAUUUAUUGUUGACUGUCUAAAAGUUUCAAAGGGACAGCUCUUCUGGAAUAAGGAAACUGUUCACUGUAAUAAGAAUCUCCUAUUUCUUGUUAUUGCUUUGCAGCUACCAGCUUUUCCUCUUCCUGAGACCUAGCUAGCACUUGUUAAGGUUUUCAGUGCUUUUAUCUUACUGAUUUUUUUUUCUUGGAUCCUGUGGUUGAGAAAUGCUAGAGAAGGUUCCUGAAGUACUUUGUUUCAAGAAUCAUUUCUAGUAUCACGGUAUAAUAUACUGACUUUUACCUGUUUUCUGUCAAACUAGAACUUCAUUUACUAAACUAGAAUUUAAACAGAGUUGGCAUGAUUCUUAUUUGUUUUUUAUGAUCUAUUACAAUUCAGGGGAAUAUUUUUUCCUAAAUAUAUGUAGGAUUCUCAUGACUUAAAAUUCUAAUGCAUCAGUCCUAGCUCCUUCAGUGCAAUGUGCAUCUCUAUAUAGCCAGGAAAUUGAAAAGCGUUGUUAAGAUCUGAAGUGUUAGAAGGAUUAACAAAGGGCUGUCUUUAUCUUAGAGCAAAUUGCAAGGUUUGACACUCGCUUAUAUGAGGGACAGAUGAGUCCAGGGAGAGUAAUGAAUUUGAUUGAGGAUUUUAACUGAGAGAAUGUGUCCUGUGUGAGUAAAGGAGAAUAUAUAUAUGUGUGUGUAUAUUUUUUCCCCUUAUAAAAAUUUCCAGCACUGGAAUUCUUGUUUGUUUGUUGAUUAGCAGGACAUGCUUCUUUCUAAAAUAUUUAGAGAGCUUGGGCCUUAAAGGUGAAAGCUGGAGAUGAUCCAAGUCUUCUCAGUAGUGAGAUAAUGAGUGGGUAGCACAUGGCUGUUACAUAGCAUGGCAGUUGUAGUCAGCAAACCUUUCACAACGUUAAAGCUUUUAUUCCGCACUGUUGGAGAUUUACCAUAUUUUAGUUGAAAAUUAUGUGAUCACUGUGCUUGAAGCAAGUAGGAUAGAUGAUUGUUACAGACUUUUCUAAAUGCAAUUUUAUAAAAGUGGACGCAAGGGGAAAGCAUUGUUACUACAAUUAUGUUGGCUCUUCUCGGAUUCAGUCUGAGUAACAGAGAGCAGAAUUUGACUCUUAUGAUUUGCUUAGCAUCUCUGCAUUCAUGGCAUGAUACACAGUUGGAGAAUAUCCACAUUUAUUCUGAAGAAACAAACAACCAAGUGAACCAACUGCUGGAUGUCAAAUGUGUUCCGUUUGUCUCAUUUAGUGGUGUGGAGAUCCGUGGCCAGGCAAGGGCUCAAUUUCAGGUGCUGAAUGAACAUAACUCUUGCUACUUAGGCAAAAUAAGUUUGUUCUCCUGUCUGUAUUAUAUUUUUCCAAGCUUCUAAACAACGAACCUAGAAAGCUUGGUGUCUGCUCCUUUGGGUAUCGUUUGCUUGUACUAAGACUCAAGAACAGAGCCAUUGUCCCAGUACUAGUUGCUGUUGUUUUCAGCAAUGUUUUCUCACUUAUGAAAGUGGAUAUGUACGUUGUGGUCUGAGGUCAAGGUUGCAAAUGCAUUGUUUAACUUCUCACUUUAGAAGGUGUGUAUUUAUGACUUUAAACUUCUGUAACAACUGUCAAGAGAGUUGCAAAUCAAGAGGUCUGUGCAUACCAGUGAUUGAAGAGAGAAUAGCUUUGUAUCCUUCAAAAUCAGAGGAAAGCAUGCAAUCUGUGUAUCGAACAAAAAAAAAAAAAAAGGCAUGGAAAAGCUACUUGCCCUCUGAUUUCUUGCACAUGGUUUCCCAGGUCAUCUUGCAACAACAAAACUUCCUGCUUGUCACCAUCAGCUUGCUAAGUAUACAGGUUCAAUUCCAUUCUUCUUCCACUGAAGACUAGCUUUAAUUUCAGGGUAGGAAAUUACAUUGUAUAGCAAAUGGAAAAAUUACGUGAGUGGCCGUGUGAUGGCUGUAAACAUCUGUGUUGCUAUUUUUCUGUCAGCUCUCCUAGUCCUUGUCGUUGUUCACUUAAAGAAUAGCAUUGCAUUUUUCUUUCAGCGGAAUAAGAUGUUAGUAAAGAAAAAUGUGCAAUACCUCAGUAGUAUGUAUUAUGGAUCAAUUGGGAGGAAAGGAUCUAGCCUUUAAGCGGGCUCUGAUAGAGAUGUCUUCUGCUUUUCAUCCUUUUUCUUCAUCAGAACUCUUUUGCAGAAGCAAAAAUCAUUUAAUGAGUGAUACAGAUCUUGUGCCUUCUCUUCUUUCCUUCUGAGACUUAGAAAAUUUACUUUACUUUUCUGAAUUCGGAAGGAAUUUAUUUUGUUUAGAAGUUUAGUGUUAUAAAAUUGAGUAGCGAAAAAAUGGUGGGAUGGUUUCUCUAAAUGGUGAUUGGGUUCUCAAGUUUAUGGGCUCCACUAAAAUUAGACCAGACCACUUGAUUUAAGCUUAUUACCUAAAGGUAACUAAUUAAAAUGUAUAUUUAGCUGGACAACUCAGUGUAGAGGAAUACUUGCUCUAAUCUUCCAUCAACUGUUGCCAUAUUUUUGUGCUUUAACUGGAAGGGAUAAGGAAGCAAACUGACUAGAUUUUUUUAUAAGCUUAUAUCAGGAAUAUUCUUCACCUGUGAGUAACUGCUUUGUUUUGAUGAAACUAAAAAGCUUGUUUUUCAUAUUUUGGUUUUCCUUCUCCAAGUGUCCCAUCUCUUAGAGUAUUAUUUUGGGUGUUUCAUUCAGGAGACCCUUGAUGAGUCACAGACUGCAGCUGAGAGCUCACUGCCCUCACUCAGCUUAGGGUACCUGGGCAGGGCGUUCCUGUGCGCCUGGCUGAGGAAUGUGGCGGCACUGAGGGGAGGCCAUAAACGUGUCUAACAUUUGAGUAGCAGUUUUCUUGCAUCUAAAUUCUCAUGGGCAAACAGAAAGCUGGAAAGAAUAUCCAUGGCAAUAACAGAAAAGUUCCUGAGAAGUGGCAGACCUAUAAGUUGAUGUUAAUUGUGCUUAUGUGGUGUUUAAUUUUCAGUUAUAUACUAUAAAGUAAUAGUGUGGAAAUUGCUAAGGGAACAUCUAUACUAAUGCAUUCCAGUUUAUAAAGAGAAUGAGAGCUUUUGUUCAAACUGUCAGCCCAGCAUAAUCCAUUCAUGGGUCUGAAAGCAAAUCUGAGCUGCUCUUGUAUUCUUCAUUGUCACCUGUACUAAAGAUUCUGCAGCUAGAACUCGAGCAUCAAGAAAAGUGGUACUUACGGAAGAAAAAAUGUUUCUGUUACAACUUUCUUGAGGCCGCAGUGUGAUGAGUAAAAUGCAGUAAAAAUUGUAGACGUAAAAUUGUGUCAGGAACAAAUCUCAAGAGAAUAUAUAUUGUUGGGGAAAGGGGGAGAUUUAGUGUUUUGGAAUAUUUGAAUGUUGGGUAUAUAUCGCUUAUCCUUUUAAUAGUACAAUACGUGCUCCAGCGCUGCUUUUUUCACAGUUCUUGCUCUAGCCAAAUACCCCUCUCUCCAGGGUACCAGUGGGAAGGUGCUUACUGCCACAGUUUCUUUUCUGCAAAGUGGUUUGAGGGUGUGUUGUGUGUGUGUGUGUGUGUGUGUGUGUGUGUGUGUGUUCCACAGCCCCCCCCCCCGGGUGAUCCCUUAGCAGGGCAUGAAGUCCUCUAGCAGCUUGCAGGACCCACCUAUGAAUAAUGCCAUUUUGCCCCAGAACUUACCAGCAGCAUGGCCAGAAGCUCUGUUUCAUUAUUAUCUGUCUUCAUUGUAAAAAUGGAACCUUUUCUGGUCUAAAAUUUUAUUUGUGGCUAAUGCAACUGAUGCUGCCUUCUCACUCCUAUUCAUAAAUGGGAUAAUUUUUAAGUUAAUGACAUGUAUGAACACUUGGAAGCUGCCUCUUUCACACUUACAGCUGUAUUGUUAGCUGUCUUGCAUAAUUUGCAACUUAAAUUGUUAUAUAAAACAUGAAUCUGGCUUAAAGCAAAUUUCAAAAGCUGGAACAAGGAAUCUAGUUAUAUACAUAAAUGCAACUUAACUGUGUUAAAGCAAUUUGUAAGUAGUUUUAUUUGCAUUUUUCCUCUCCGCACAUCUGCGAUUAGACUACUUCUGCGUACAACACAAGCACAAAAUUUAGAUGUUAGAGCAUCUGGAAUACAUACAGUAUAAUCAGAUAAACAUAUGGAUGCUACAUCAUAGCCUUUGCAAUCCUAGUAUUCCCAGUAGUGGGUUGUGCUAUUCAUUAAGUCUUCCACUGAGGUGGAAGGAUCUGUCAUGGAUCUAUACCACUGAUAGGAGACUACUGGUAUUAGUGAUUCUGAGUUGCUUAGAAAUUUGGGCCACGAUGGAUGACAAUGAGCUACCGUACCAAAGAGGUUUGCAAUUACUAUCCAAAUGCCAUCAUCGCUAAAGACAAAUCUAUAAAGAUGGGUGGAAAUGCUUGCUCCACUGAUAUCAAAGGCGGAGCUCCCGUAGACUUUCCUAGUACCAAGAUUUUACUCCCUGUUCUUUUCUUCCUGAUUCAAAAUCCAAGUCUGGUUGUUCCAGUUUAACAUUUUAAACAUAUAUGACUUCUAAGAAGAGAAUUGGACCUUGGAAACCUCUUUUACUCAUGUAGUGGCACACCUGCCAUUAGUACAGAUAACUCCAAUAAAAAUAGUAUUUAAGAACACGUGAUUUGGGUAUGUUAAGGUUUUCAGAUCCAGGCUCCUAACCAGUAGUAAUGUUUUUCAUUAUAAGGCUAUAAUAAAUGCUUAUAAAGUAAUGCGAUGGUGUUGAAAUAGUAGGCCUUAUUUUUUUUCUUAAAACCAAAAAAAUCCAUAUACUUCUAUCAGGGUAUGAGAAUUUCUCCACUGCAGUUCAUUAGUGCUGCUGAGCCCUAUUUUUAGCUUAUCCAUAGAGUUAAAUAGGCAUAUCUAUUUAGGCUACAGAAAGAAGAAACUUUCUACAAAUGUAUUUUUGCUUCCAAGGCAAAAUAUUUUCUCAGUGGGCCAAGUAAAGCCAACACCAUGGGCAGGCAGCAUUUUAAAGGAAAAUGUGACUGAGCAAGCUAGAAAUCCUUGUCGAUAACUGUAAAACUUUCCCUGUAACUUAAAAGAGGGUCCCUCCUGCAAAACCGACCAAACUUAAAAAAAAAAAAAAAAAAA